GCCUAUCACCCUGGGAUGCCGCCUGCCGCCGCCACGGCCGCGGCUGCCGGGCUUGUGGGAGCCGCGGCAGAGCUGGAGCCUGAGCUGGAGCCACGGCAGGAGCAGUGGCCUGAGAGUUAGGGGGGCGGGCCGGCUCGUUGCUGGGGUGGGUGCUGAGGACAGGCAGGCGAGCAACCGGGGUCACCGCCCUCCUCCAGGCUGAGGAAGCGGACACUCGGAGCCCCCGAGGCGGCGGCGGCGGCGGGAGCCGGUCAAAGGGGGCAGCCCCUGGCGGCGACGCCCCCCGCCCAGCCCUGCCCGGCCCCGCUCCAUCCCCACCCCCGGCCGGACCGCGGGGGACGCCGACCCGGGCACCGAAAGGCGGCUCCGAGGGGGCAGGCAGGCGAGCCGCCCCUCCCGGGUCUUUCCACGUCCCCUCCCGGGAGGGACCCACACCUGAGCCCGGACCCACCCCCGCCCGGGGCCACGCUGGAUCCGCCUCCCGGCCUGGGUCCCGCCCGCAGGCUGCAGGUGGGCUGCAGCUUCCGAGACGCGGGCAGUGGGCGCCGGGGAAGGAGGUGAGCCGCGUCCGCGCCGGCUGCCGCUCCGGUCCUUGCCCCCGCAGCUGCGCUCUCCUCCUCCCCUUCCCGCAGGCAGGGCGCGGAUCCGCGCGCCCGCCCCGCCGCCGCCGCCUUGUCCCUCCGGGGCACCAUGGAGCUCUCCCUGUCGUCCGGCGGAGCCGCGGAGGCGCUGUCCUGGCCGGAGAUGUUCCCGGGACUGGAGUCCGACUCGCCGCUUCCUCCUGAGGAGCUGGAAGCCGUUGUCCCAGUCAGUGGCGCCGUGGCCGGUGGCAUGUUGGAUCGGAUCCUCCUGGAGUCCGUGUGCCAGCAGCAGAGCUGGGUCCGGGUGUACGAUGUGAAAGGGCCACCUACCCAUCGUCUGUCUUGCGGCCAGUCACCCUACACCGAGACGACAACAUGGGAGCGGAAGUACUGCAUCCUCACAGACAGCCAGCUGGUGUUGCUCAACAAGGAGAAGGAGAUACCUGUGGAAGGAGGACAGGAGCAGCCGACAGAUUCCACCAAAGGGCGAUGCCUGAGGAGAACUGUCAGUGUCCCCUCCGAGGGUCAGUUUCCUGAGUACCCACCAGAGGGCGCCGCUAAACUGGAGGUGCCAGCAGAAAGGUCCCCCCGCAGACGGAGUAUCUCAGGGACCAGUACAUCAGAGAAACCCAACUCUAUGGACACUGCAAAUACCUCACCCUUCAAAGUACCAGGGUUCUUCAGCAAGCGCCUGAAAGGCUCCAUCAAGAGGACCAAAAGCCAAUCAAAGCUUGACAGAAACACGAGCUUUCGGCUUCCCUCUCUUCGCAGUGCAGAUGACAGGUCUCGUGGGCUGCCCAAACUAAAAGAGUCACGUUCCCAUGAAUCCUUGCUGAGCCCGUGCAGUGCAGUGGAAUGUCUGGACCUUGGCAGAGGGGAGCCCGUAUCAGUGAAGCCACUGCAUAGCAGCAUCCUUGGCCAAGACUUCUGCUUUGAGGUUACCUACUUAAGUGGAAGUAAAUGCUUCAGCUGUAACUCGGCUUCAGAGAGGGAUAAGUGGAUGGAAAACCUUCGUAGGACAGUUCAACCAAAUAAGGACAAUUGCAGACGAGCCGAAAAUGUUCUCCGUCUAUGGAUUAUUGAAGCCAAGGACCUUGCCCCUAAAAAGAAAUAUUUCUGUGAACUGUGCCUUGAUGAUAUCCUCUUUGCUCGAACAACCAGCAAGACCAAAGCAGAUAAUAUUUUCUGGGGUGAACAUUUUGAGUUCUACAGCCUUCCACCUCUUCAUAGCAUCACAGUUCACAUUUAUAAAGAUGUGGAAAAAAAGAAAAAAAAAGACAAGAAUAAUUAUGUAGGGCUAGUCAACAUCCCCACUGCCAGCGUGACUGGUCGCCAGUUUGUAGAAAAGUGGUAUCCAGUGAGUACACCUACACCCAACAAAGGAAAGACAGGAGGACCUUCUAUUCGGAUUAAAUCACGUUUCCAAACCAUCACCAUUCUGCCUAUGGAGCAAUACAAGGAGUUUGCAGAAUUCGUCACCAGCAACUACACCAUGUUGUGUUCUGUUCUUGAGCCAGUAAUUAGUGUGAGAAAUAAAGAGGAGCUGGCCUGUGCCUUAGUGCACAUUCUCCAGAGUACUGGCAGAGCCAAGGAUUUUCUGACCGACUUGGUGAUGUCUGAGGUGGAUCGUUGUGGAGAGCAUGACGUCUUGAUCUUCAGAGAGAACACCAUUGCCACCAAAUCCAUAGAGGAAUACCUCAAGCUGGUGGGACAGCAGUAUCUUCAUGAUGCAUUGGGGGAGUUCAUCAAAGCUCUCUAUGAGUCAGAUGAGAACUGCGAAGUGGACCCCAGCAAAUGUUCUUCCAGUGAACUGAUAGACCAUCAGAGCAACCUGAAAAUGUGCUGUGAGCUGGCUUUCUGCAAGAUCAUCAACUCCUACUGUGUUUUCCCUCGCGAGCUGAAAGAAGUGUUUGCAUCAUGGAAGCAGCAGUGCCUGAACCGCGGCAAGCAGGACAUCAGCGAGCGGCUCAUCAGUGCCUCGUUGUUCCUCCGUUUCCUGUGCCCGGCCAUCAUGUCUCCCAGCCUCUUCAACCUAAUGCAGGAGUAUCCUGAUGACCGCACAUCUCGGACUCUAACGCUCAUUGCCAAGGUCAUCCAGAACCUGGCCAACUUUGCCAAAUUUGGUAACAAAGAGGAAUACAUGGCAUUCAUGAAUGAUUUUUUAGAAUACGAAUGGGGCGGAAUGAAGCGCUUUCUUUUGGAGAUCUCUAAUCCAGACACCAUCUCAAACACCCCAGGCUUUGAUGGCUAUAUCGAUCUGGGUCGAGAGCUUUCAGUUUUGCACUCCUUACUGUGGGAAGUAGUUUCCCAACUUGAUAAGGGUGAAAAUUCCUUCCUACAGGCGACCGUGGCAAAAUUGGGACCUCUCCCUCGUGUUCUUGCUGAUAUUACCAAAUCUCUGACUAAUCCCACACCAAUACAGCAGCAACUGAGACGCUUCACUGAGCAUAGCUCCAGUCCAAAUGUCAGUGGAAGCCUCUCCUCCGGGCUGCAGAAAAUAUUUGAAGACCCUACUGACAGUGAUUUGCAUAAACUAAAAUCUCCAAGCCAGGACAACACAGACAGCUAUUUCAGAGGGAAAACGCUGUUGCUGGUUCAGCAAGCCUCCUCCCAGAGCAUGACUUACUCUGAAAAGGACGAGAAGGAAAGUAGCCUUCCUAAUGGCCGGAGCAUCUCCCUCAUGGACCUCCAGGACACGCACGCCGCCCAGGUGGAGCAUGCGUCUGUCAUGCUUGAUGUGCCUAUGCUCUUGACUGGGAGCCAGCUCUCCAUCACCCAGGUGGCCAGCAUCAAGCAACUGCGGGAGACUCAGAGCACUCCCCAGAGUGCACCCCAAGUGCGAAGGCCCCUGCACCCAGCCUUGAACCAGCCAGGCAGCCUCCAGCCCUUGUCAUUCCAGAACCCUGUCUAUCACCUCAAUAACCCAAUUCCAGCCAUGCCAAAGGCCUCCGUGGAUUCCAGUUUGGAGAACCUCAGCACUGCCAGUUCCAGGAGCCAAAGUAACAGUGAAGACUUCAAGCUCAGUGGGCCCAGCAACAGCAGCAUGGAGGAUUUCACCAAACGUAGCACUCAGAGCGAGGACUUCUCCAGGCGGCACACGGUGCCAGACAGGCACAUACCUCUUGCUCUGCCGCGGCAGAACAGCACGGGGCAGGCCCAGAUCCGUAAAAUGGACCAGGCUGGGCUGGGUGCCCGAGCCAAAGCCCCGCCGUCCCUGCCGCACAGCGCUUCCUUACGUAGCACAGGGAGCAUGUCGGUGGCAUCUGCGGCCCUGGUGGCCGAACCUGUGCAGAAUGGGAGCCGGUCCCGGCAGCAGUCCUCUUCCUCCCGAGAGAGCCCUGUUCCCAAAGUGAGAGCCAUCCAGAGGCAGCAGACCCAGCAGGUUCAGUCACCCGUGGACUCUGCCACAAUGUCCCCAGUAGAAAGGACAGCAGCCUGGGUUCUGAACAAUGGACAGUAUGAAGAGGAUGUGGAAGAAAGUGAGCAAAAUCAAGAUGAGGCCAAGCACGCUGAGAAGUAUGAACAGGAAAUUACUAAACUGAAGGAGCGCCUGCGUGUGUCCAGCCGGCGGCUGGAGGAGUAUGAGCGCCGCUUGCUGGUGCAGGAGCAGCAGAUGCAGAAGCUCCUGCUGGAGUACAAGGCCCGGCUGGAGGACAGCGAGGAGCGGCUGCGCAGGCAGCAGGAGGAGAAGGACAGCCAGAUGAAGAGCAUCAUCAGCAGGCUAAUGGCUGUGGAAGAGGAGCUGAAGAAGGAUCACGCUGAGAUGCAAGCAGUUAUUGAUGCAAAGCAAAAAAUAAUUGAUGCACAGGAAAAACGGAUCGUGUCGCUGGACUCGGCCAACACCAGACUGAUGAGCGCGCUGACCCAAGUGAAGGAGCGGUACAGCAUGCAGGUCCGAAAUGGCAUCUCCCCCACCAACCCCACCAAGCUUUCCAUCACGGAGAAUGGUGAAUUCAAAAACAGCAGCUGCUGACGGGCGUUGCGACUAGACAGACUGUGGGAGGAGACGGAAGGCAAUGUCCCCACUCUCCUGGCCCCAGCCCUCCCCCCACCCCACCUGGUUUACAGAAUGUCGAUACUGCAGAACAGCGGGGUGGCGAGAAAAGAAAGGAACCUUGUCUUUCAGGGCAUAAGGCUAAGACUCCUGAGCUCGACGCGUCCCCCCACGUCUCCGUGUACAUAGGGAACUCAGUUCUGGGCCAUGUACAGAAAAGAGCACUGUAAUAUACCCGACGGAAGUUCAUAAUGUAGAUGACCUUUCUAAUUAUCGCUAUUUUUAUUAUUGUUGUCCUCUUGGUGAAAGCACUGCAGUUGUUAGAGGAGGCAGAGUAGGAACCAGCGUGAGUGAGGCAGGAGCCCGGCAGCUCGGAAGGCAGAGCCCCCGUGUCUGUCUGGCGGAGCAGCCCAGCCGCGUCAGGAGGCUGUCAGAAUGCCUUCAGGGAUCCACCUGGCAGUUUAAAACCCCACCCCGCUUCCCUGUCCUUUGGGAAAGCAGACAAGUCCCGAGAUCCACACCAAACAGUUUAUCCCAUUGAUAUGCCAAGACUGGUUCUGGAUGGACAGCUAAUCUGAUCUGGGGAGACACGGUUCCAGAGGACACAUCAAAACUGGACCUGAGGAGUGAUGUCUCUUGAACUCCUGUUGAUGUUCAUUUCCUUCUGUCUGUAGCAGAUGGGAAUUUUCCAUUUUAGAUAGGGGGCUUUUUUUUCUCCCCAGUUGUAAUAAAGGGUGUUCUUUUUCCUCUUUAGAGUUUACAAAACGAUAACUCCGUGUGUGUCUAUAUAGCAUCUGCAUCUCCACACAGCCGCUGCCUCCCCGCGGUGGGAGCAGCCAUCACCAACAGGGUCCACUCUCCCCGGAGAGGCUCUUCACAUACGCUGCCCACAAGCCAUCUGAAAUAAACACCCUUUCUUCUGUACAGAAAAGGGCUAAAACCAUACCAUACCCUAGCAGGAAUCCCUGACUAUUUCCUAGUAAAUCUUUAAUUUUUGUUUGGGAUAAAAAUUGUAUCCAGUGUAGAGCAGAUCUCUGGGCAGGGUAAUUGUAUCUCAGUCUUUACCUUUUAAAUUGCUUCUUCCUCUCAUCCCCUGAGUACAAUUUGGGGAAGCAAGCCAAAUCUGAAGCAUUGCUCUCUUAAAAGUCAGGAUUGUGCUUAUUAAAAAAUAAGCUGCUAAACGUGAGAGGACAGCACAUUCCAGUUGCUAUUCCCAUGCCCUUGGUAGGUUUGGCAACAAGAACCCAGUUUCACACAAGUUGUCACCCUUGGCUUUAUUGAAGGACGGAAACAGUCGUGGAAGCUAAUUUGCUUCCUUUUUUCCAGAGGGGUGAAAUGACAACUUGAACGCAACCCUGAUUAUCAGAAGUAAGGAAUGUUACAAGUUAAACCGACAUUUUAUAUACAAGUAUAUGUAUACACAUAUAGUCACACAUAUGUACAUAUAACUGCACAAAUAGGAAAAGUUCCUGCCUUCUCUGCUGUCAGAUAUAAUGUUGAAGGGGGUUGGAAUCUCUUUAAGCAAGAUCUAAGCACUUGUUUAUGUUGAGAAAGCAAUAGUGUGUCUCCAAUAAGUUAAUGAUGUUUAUUUUAAAUUAUAAACUUUAAGGAAAAUUUUUUUUAAAGGAAAAGGGAAGGGGGGGUUUAAAAAAAAAAAAAAAAAGACCUGAGGAAGCCAUAUCCAUGGAGUGUUUCCACAUAGCAGAAUAUUUAUAAGGGACAAGAGAGCAUUUGUCCUGUCCCCUUUGGGGCAAAGCCCUGACAGAGACACCGAGCCUCCCUUUCCACCACACCCCAGACUUGCCCUCUGACCUCUUAGCACUGCUCUCAGGUGGCUCGUUCUGUUGGACCUUGCAUCUCAGCAACCUCCACACGGCCACCAGCCCACAACCUCUUAAAUCCUUUCUCUUCCGUGACCCUCCCAUUUCUGCUGCUCAGCAGUGGAAAACAGGAGCUGCCCCAUGUGCUUAUCUGAUCCACAGACUUCGUGCCCACAUGUUUUGGCACUUGUGUGUUUUCUUGACCCUCACUCAUUGUUUUACCAGUGAUUAGCUCUGCCCUCCAAGCUGAGGGCCCCCCAUAGCCAAAAUCAUUUAUUAUACUGGGAAAAAAAAUCAUUACCAUUACCCUUUGUUGGGGGAGAGGGUAUGUUGUUUAAGCAAAGGUCUCUUCUUAUUUGUGGCCAUUCUCAGUUAUAGCCAUAUUUAAUUCACCCUCCGUAAAAGCCUUCAGAAAACCUGGUGAAAGACUGGUCCGUUCCAGUGGCUCUAAGUAUGUAAUGUGGGAGAUGUCCUGCACUGAGGUUUGGAAGCUCUCAGGUGGUGGUUAUGGAUGACAGUGGGCUGACAUGUUGGAGGUUGGGGGAGACAAAACAAAUACGUUUUUGAUGGAUGCAGUAUAUCUUGUCAGCAUUGUGGGAGCUCCUGCAAAGGUGGCCUCCUUUGGAAGAUCAGAUGCCCAAAAUGUUUGGAGAGAUUAUACAGUCCUGUAUGAUCAGGUUAUCUUGUUUGAAGAGAAAGGGUAAACAGAUAAUAAAAUUAGAAAUAAGCUAGAAGUUCAGUAGAGUUGCCAGAUAUUAAAUUUUAGAUUAUCCUUUGAGCCUAUUCCUAUUGGAAUAUUUUUCUGAAUAUUUCUUUAGAGAAUGCUGCAAUCUAUAGAGCUUUUCCGGAAAGAUUUUUUUUUCUUUUUCUUUUUCUUUUUUUUUUUUUUUGGUAGGGAAGAGGGCGGCACAGCUGAUCAUUUUUCUGGCGGUAUUGCUUAAUUGGCUUUUCUUCAGCCCAAAUAAGUACGUGCCUCUGUUUGGCUAGGAGGAGGUGCAUGGUUGAAGAGAAGCAGGUGGAUUAAGAAAGUCACAUCUUGCAGUCCUUCUAGCACCCAACAUGUCAUCUCAUGGUAGGGUGCAGCCUAGAUGAAGGCUGGAUGGAAUUUGAAAUUCAAGUGACGCGCUUGCUUGCAAAGUGCUUGUCUAGCUGACAACCAGACUUGGCAUCAACAAGGACAAUGUUGGUAGGAUGUAGGAAAAGAGCUUGAUGUUUCCCUCCUAUUAUCGCUGGAGCAAUAAGCUUUCUGAGCCGAAGCAGCAAAAAGGAGUUACAUUUCCAUCAGUUCAUCCAUCAUAUUCCCUGAGUCUCCACACUACAAGCCAUGACAGAGUGGAGAUUAUAACUAGGUGACGUGACAAAGACUAUCACCAAGGUAGUGCUAGGGUCCAGGGCAGGUGGUAAAGGGGAACGUGAUAGAAUGAGGUCAUCAUGCUGCUAGAACUUGUUGCCGUUUUCUCUCAGGAUUGAGUUGGUCAGAAUUAGCUUUCUCUGGUCGGCUUCUCCCUUUGCUUGGGAUGGUGUUGGACAGCUAAAGAAGAAGUAGGAUUUCCUGUCUGACUGCUGUUAUGCCCUUGAGAAUUAACAUGAUGUUAAAAGUAAAGCUUCUUGGGCAUUUCCUGGUGGCUCAGCGCAUUGAGGAUCUGGCGUUGUCACUGCUGUGGCUCUGGUUACUGCUGCGACAGGGGUUUGACCCCUGAGCAAGACCCUUUCCGUCAAGUGAGCUCGAUUACAUUUGCUCUGCCUUCCAUCUAGGUUUAGUUCUAGUUGUCUCCAGUUUGCAGUUUCUGAGAAGGCUGGUUAUGGGACAGAACUUGGGGGAGGAGCCCUCUUUGGAUUAUUAAGGCUCAAGGUACUCAGACUAGAGUUGACACCAGAUCAGACUUGUGACUGGAGCCCACGCCCACACCUUCCCUGUGUUUUCAGCUACACCUUCUGCAGAUUGUGGAAAACCAAAAGGGAUUUCCUCUCCAUUCCUUUUCCCUUUUUCAAAUCUAGUAGUAAAAUCUCCUGCUUGCUUCAACAGUAAAUAGUUGCCUUCCCGCCCCCUACCUGAGGGUCAAGAAUGUGGGACACUUUGGUUUUUAGCAGUAUGUCAAUUAAAAGGACCUAUCUUGCUGGUUUUAAAAAGCGAGAUAUAUUGGGGUGUUGAAUUUUUAAAUAGAAUCUCUUUUCGUGUUCGAAUGAUUGUAAUUAGUUCUAGAAGCAUUCUCUUGUCAUGACCCAGUUAUGAAUGCUCUUGAGUUUAGGAAGGACAAAAGUGAUGAAAUUUGCAUGAGGAAAAAUAAAUAUCUUAUGCAGAGUGAAAGAACCUGAGGAAGAGACAUGAUCCAGCAGGGGUCUAAUGCCCAGCAGCCUUCUCCAUAGCCCAAAGGUUCAAGGAGACAGGAGGAUUUCUAUCCUUUGCCUGCUCUCGAAAUGCACAGCUAGAUGAAAAAGUCUCUGUAGACAACGUGUGUGCACCCCCACAGAACACUUGAUUCCCAGGCUUCCUUUUUCUGAAUGUCAGUCCAUCUUAUAGAGCAGCGAUUCCCAAACUUCCUCAAGUUUUUUAGAUUUUUAUGCUCUCAUUUGUUAGAUUUUAUGACAGUGGUUCUUUCCUCGUUAAAAUGUACCAUAUGUGUUAUGUGUAUAUAUAAGUUAAAGUGACUUGAAAUCGAUUUGGUUUGACAUUGUCUCAAGAAUCCUAGAUAGCAUUAUGGAUACUCUGGGGAGUCAUAGGAAGUUGAAUAUCACUGAUCUGAGAGUAGGAUCCAGAAAGAAGUAGCUUUCAUUCCUGAUCCAGAAAGAAGUAGCUUUUACUCCUGGAGUGUUGGAGUAACCAAUCCAUAGGGGGUUGGCAGUGAGUCACCCAAAGAAAGCCAAAUGGUCACUUCUGCCCAUAUUUCAGCAUGUAUUUUAAUUUCCAACUCAGUUCUUAUGUUUUUCAAUGCCCUCGUUCUUCCCUAGGAAAUGUUUUAGUUUGAGACUUAAAACCGGAUUUAUCUGUAGAGAGAUUUCCACCGAACUGUGUAUUAGGAGCCUCGAUCGUCCGUGUGGGGGUACAAAUAUUUAAGAAUAAGUACCGUAUUUAUGUCACUCCUUAGCCCCCAAAGGAAAAUGUUCGGUUCCCAGUUCCCCAGAAGGUUAAGUACUAAUUGACUCAGUGACCACUAUCCUGCAGAAAAUUUAAAAUAAAUAGUAAAGUUUAAAUUUUGAUUGGUGCUUAGACAUCUCCUAGUCACAUUAAAAUUAACUCAAGCAGACAGCAGAGCAUUAACCUGAAUCUCGCCUGUGAGGAACCUACCUUCUAAAUUUGAUUUUGUUUUUCAUCUCCAGGGCCUUAAUAAGAGUGUGUUAAUACACAGGACUAUUUUACAAUGAUAGCUCUAAAUAAUUUAUUUUUUAUUUCAAGACAGAGAAAAAUACACGUUAGAAAAACAAAACCCAAGAUUUUAUUUUAUUUUUAAAGCCAUAUUUUUGUGCUAGUAGCACUUAGAUCGUUCCAUAUGUGAGCUCCGUAUCUGCAUUUCAUUACCUGGGUUUGUUCUAAGAGAAGAUUUAUUUUUGUUCUGUGAAUAAUUUUUGACGGUUCUUGUACAUGUACAGAUAUAGAUACGUUUGAGGUCUUUUAUUGAUAUUCCUACAAAGAAUACAAAUAAACUUUAACUUUAAACA